AGUUGAAUUGAAUUUUGUGGGCUGUGUUUUGAUUCUGUAGACCGUAUCCAAGAUUCUUAGCUUUGAUACUGUAUCCAGGUUCAGAAUGUGCAUUCAAGCAUGAUUUUAUAUAAUUAUACCCUAUUCUUGAAAUUGACAUAGAUUUAUGACAUAUUCUUUAGAACAGGUAACUUAAACCAUACCCUAUUCUUAAGAUUGAUAUAGAUUUAUGAUAUAUUCUUUAAAACAGGUAAAAACAGGUAACUUAGAAAUAACUGAUAAACAUGCGAAUGUUACUUAGCAUUGCUUAGAUAGACAAUUUGUGUUAGAAUAGGUGUGGGAUAUGCUAAUGGUUGUCAGGAAUUGUAAUGCAUAUGUAUGUGAUCAAAUUGUAUAAAUAUGGUGUAGUCUGAAUCAGAAGCUGAAGCCAGCUUUGGGUGCGAACCCCUGGUUUCCCAGCGCUGAAAUAAAGCACCGCAUAUAACUGCACCUGUGGUUAUGUGUCUUGAAUGCUAACAUUUUUGGCGACCCAGAUGGGACCUCGCGAGCAUUGCUGAGGCGGAUCGCGUCUUGAUCCUGCUCCAGCUAGCACCGAGGUAUUCUUGGGGAGCGCAUCGGACGCGACCGACCCUCUGCUGCUCACGACGGACCUCUGACUGGUAAGAAGGUGCUUUAUCUGGAUUGUUGGGUACCCACUUGGUCUGGUUCUGGUCUGGUAGCCUGCUGGUCAGGCAUCUGGUAGCCUGCCGGUCAGACGCGGCGAAAGCCACGCUCGGUUGGGCAGGGAGCUCCCGUGGUAUUGCCUAGGCAGCCGUCCGUCAGACAGAGGGAAACCUCUGCAGGUUCGGCAUCUGGUCUGGUUAUUUGUGCCGCAGGUUCGGCACCUGGUCUGGUUAUUUGUGCGCACCUGGUCUGGUUAUUUGUGCGCACCUGGUCUGGUUAUUUGUGCUGCUCAGCACCUGGUCCAUGGUUCCUGUGAUUUAGUCUGUACUUGCUGUUGAAAUCGGUGAUCUGAUCCGUGUUUACUGUUGUUCUAGUGAAGUUAUCUGUGUUAUCUUUCUGUGUUGAUAUGUCUGAUUCAAAAGUGUCGCCGUUGAAUUGUUUAUUGAAGUAUUGGAAAGAGGCUGGGUUUGGACAGUCUAUGCAUAAAAAGAAGUUAAUUGAGUAUUGCACUCAUUGGUGGCCUGAGUAUAAAUUACCAAAUGAAGUACAGUGGCCGCCGGAGGGCACUUUGAACCAUGAAAUUAUUGCUGAAUUAAUGAGGUUUUGUCAGAGAGAGGGCAAAUGGGAUGAAGUUCCAUACGUUGAUCUCUUCUUCUAUCUCGAGCGAAAACAUGAUUGGAGAGAGAGCUGUGGGUUAAUGUUGGUGCAAGGUAGCAGCAAUAAUAAGUGCGUGGGAUGCACAACGGAAAAGAAAUGCAUGACGUGUUUGGCUGUAGAAAACAGCAGUGGUAAUGAUUCAAAGACGGAUUUACUGUGUUUUGAUGUUGCGCCUUCUGAGGAAGGGGUACCAAUUAGACCCUCCGCGCCUGUCCUUCCCGUCGAUAGUGAUGACGAAUCAAGUGAUGAAAGGGGGGCUAUAGCCGGUGUAAAAGGAAUAACCGCAACUCCAAUAUCUCACCGAACUAGAAACAGAGAAAAGGAAAAGGAAGCACAAAGGGGGGGAGGUUUAUCGAAUGUGAUAGCACCCCUGCGGCAGGCGGUAGGUGUUGGGGGGGAACCGGUCUAUGUAAAAGUUCCAUUUUCGCCGGGGGAUUUAGUGAUCUGGAAGCAGUCAGCUGGUCCUUAUAGGGAAAACCCAGAUAAGGUUGCAAAAGUGAUUAAGAUGAUAAUUAAGACGCAGAAUCCUGAUUGGGAUGAUUUACAAGUCAUUCUAGAUACAUUAAUGGAUUCUACAGAAAAGGAUAUGGUUAUACGGGCUGCAAGGGAUAAGGUGAAAGAAGAUAUCCGGAAUGGGAGAGUAGAGGGGAAUGUUGAUGAGAAUUUUCCAAAGGAGGAUCCCCGAUGGAAUUAUAAUACAGGAGGCGGGUUAUGUCAUCUCCGGAGGUAUCAAGAUUGGUUAUUGAUCGGUGUUCAAACUGCUAUGCCGAAGCAAAUGAAUUGGUCAAAAUUGUAUAAUGUAAGGCAGGAAAGGAAUGAGUCUCCCUCAGCCUUUUUAGAAAGAUUAAAAGAAGCUGCCAAAAGAUAUACGGAUUUAGACGUAGAAACGGAACAAGCAAAAAUUCAGUUGGCUCUAAUUUUCUUAGGGCAAUCUCAAGAUGAUAUUCGAAAGAAGCUGCAGAAAUUAGAGGGUGCACAAUUAAGGGAUCUGGACGUAAUGUUGGAAACAGCUUGGAAAGUUUAUAAUAAUAGAGAAAAAGAACAAUCGAGACGCCACCAGCAAAAUUUGUUGGCUUUGAUCCAGGGACAAGGCAGGGGAAUAGGGGUCCGGGGUAGGGGAGCUGGAAAUAGUCGAGGAGGUGGUCGGGGACGUGGUUCGUGGAGUGCCCAAGGAACUCCCCUGAGACCCCUCAUGAGGCUUGGCAUAAAUCAAUGUGCUUAUUGUAAGCAAGAAGGACACUGGAAAAAUGAAUGCCCGGCUAGGAGCCCUGUGGGUCAGAUGUCCAAUGCGACGGGAAAUGCGGUACAGACUAUGGUGUUAGGGGAAUACAGUAACAACAGCUGACUAUAUGAAGGCACGGAAGUGAAAACCCAGAAUAAGGAGCCCUUAGUGACAAUACAAGUGGGAGACCGGGAUGUAAGAUUUUUAGUAGAUACGGGGGCUACUUACUCUGUAUUAAAUUCCUUACAGGGGGCAGUGGGUCACAGAGCUACAACAAUUGUUGGUGCCACAGGGAAGGAGGAAGUACGGCCAUUCCUGCAACCUUUGGAUUUGUGUUUUGGAGAAAAGGAGCUAACCCACGAGUUCUUAUAUGUUCCAGAUUGUCCAGUUUCUCUUUUAGGACGAGAUUUGCUGACCAAAUUAGAUGCCACAAUAACAUUUGAGGAUGGAAAUUUGGUAAUGAAAGUUCCAGAGUCAAAGGUAGGACAAAUUUUACUAUUAAAGGAAAAUCCAAUUGUGAAAAUACCACAGGCAAUAGAGGAUGCAGUGAUUCCCACGGUAUGGGAAACUGAUAUACCUGGGAAGUCAAAGGCAGCUAAACCUGUGAAAGUAGCGCUGAAGGAAGGUGCUGAACCGGUACGAUUAAGACAGUACCCAUUGAAAUUGGAAGCCAGAUUAGGAAUAGUAUCUUUAAUUGAGAAGUUUUUGAAAUAUGGAAUUCUAGAGGAAUGUGAAUCAGAAUAUAAUACUCCAAUUUUUCCAGUAAAGAAACCUGAUGGUAGCUAUCGACUAGUCCAAGACCUACGAGCAAUAAACCAGAUCACUAAGGACAUACAUCCAGUAGUUGCAAAUCCGUAUACCUUGUUAACAUCUGUGAAAGAGAAAUAUAAAUGGUUUACAGUACUUGAUUUAAAAGAUGCCUUCUUCUGCAUACCCCUUGACCAGGAAAGCAAAAAGCUAUUCGCUUUCGAAUGGGAGAACCCACACAACGGGAGAAAAGCCCAAUUAACCUGGACACGCCUUCCACAAGGAUUUAAGAAUAGUCCAACUAUCUUCGGAAAUCAACUAGCCAAAGAACUUGAGGAGUGGACUACGAGAGGCUAUAUCAGAAUUCCUCGACAAUGGUAUUUGUUGCUGCAAUAUGUGGAUGAUAUUCUGAUUGCUGCUGAGACCCAAGAACUUUGCAUACAGGUAACAAUUGGAAUAUUGAAUCAAUUAGGAAUGAAUGGAUAUAAAGUAUCAAAAAAUAAAGCUCAGAUUGCAUCCACAACUGUGAUCUAUCUAGGAUGCGAGCUUUCUCAAGGACAGCGAAGACUAGGUAUAAACCGUGUACAUGCUAUCUGUGCGAUCUCAGAACCGCGUAACUUACAUGAAUUAAGAUCUUUUCUAGGAAUGGCAGGAUGGUGCAGGCUCUGGAUCAUGGACUAUGGACUUAUUGCCAAACCUUUAUACGAGGCACAGAAAAAUAAGACCUUGGUGUGGGAAAGACCACAACGAGAAGCUUUUCGGAAAUUGAAACAGGCUUUAAUGCAAGCGCCUGCUUUGGGCCUACCUGAUCUGAGUAAAGACUUCCAGUUAUUUGUACAUGAACGACAGAGACUUGCUCUAGGGGUAUUAACCCAACGGCUGGGAUCUUGGAAAAGGCCCGUAGGUUAUUUCUCUAAACAACUUGACCCGGUAAGUGCUGGAUGGCCGGCGUGCUUGCGGGCGGUGGCUGCUACCGUGAUAUUAAUUCAGGAAGUCCGGAAACUGACUAUGGGGAAAAAGAUUGAAGUGUUUGUAUCCCACAUGGUGACUACUGUAUUAGAACAAAAGGGGGGCCAUUGGCUUUCCCCAAGUAGAAUGAUGAAAUAUCAGGCAAUUUUAACAGAGCAGGAUGAUAUUAUCCUAAAAACAACUAACCUAAUGAAUCCAGCUGUGUUUUUAAGCGCAGAGACUGAAGAAGAAAAUCUGGAACAUGAUUGUGUGGAGGUCAUUGAAUAUACCCACGCAAGUCGACCUGACCUGAAAGAUACCCCGUUGGAGAAGACGGAUUGGGAGCUUUUUACUGACGGCAGUAGUUUUGUGGAAAGAGGAGUGCGGUAUGCAGGAUACGCGAUUACUACUGCCAAAACAGUAAUUGAAGCUAAAUCCCUACCACCAAACACAUCAGCACAGAAAGCUGAGUUGAUAGCCCUAACUAGGGCAUUAGAGCUCAGUGAGGACAAAAGGGUCAAUAUUUGGACUGACUCAAAAUAUGCAUUCGGGGUUGUUCAUGUACAUGGAGCUCUUUGGAAAGAGCGUGGACUACUCUCCUCCCAAGGAACAAACAUCAAGUACCAAAAAGAAAUAUUGAACUUGAUUAAUGCUGUUCAAAAGCCAUCACUGGUUGCCAUCAUGCACUGUAAAGCUCAUCAGAGUGGGACAUCAACAAUUAUUGAAGGAAACCGACUUGCCGAUCAAACAGCCCGAUCAGUGGCACGACGAGUCUGGAUGAUGGUGGGUCUAGUCUCCCAAAAGGUAAGAGCAAUUGAUUUAUUACCUACACCUUCAGAGGCACCUGAAUAUUCUACAGAAGAUGAGAAAUUGGCAAGACUAGUAAAAGCCGUCAAGGACAAUUCUGGAUGGUAUGUAACCACCAACGGACAAAUUGUGGUCCCGAUCACAAUUAUGAGAGGGAUACUUCAGGCGGAGCACCAGAAGUGUCAUUGGGGUGCAGAAGCAUUGGUAACUUAUCUAAGAAAACAAAUUAUCUCCGUCCAGAUGUUAACAAUGGCAAAAUCUAUCACAGCUAAGUGUGAAAUUUGCUUGAGAAAUAAUCCUUUAGUUCGAAGAAAAGUAGAUAUGGGAAAAAUUAGGACAGGUGUACAACCAGGGGAUUGUUGGCAGAUAGAUUAUGUGGAACUCCCCAAAACUCGAGGAUUUAGAUAUCUGCUAGUUGGGGUAUGCACCUUUUCAGGAUGGCCAGAAGCCUUCCCUUGUCGCACCAACCAGGCACAAGAAACUGUAAAAUGGUUACUGAAGGAAAUAAUUCCUAGAUUUGGAGUACCAUUGGGAAUAUCAUCUGAUAGGGGACCGCAUUUUAUUGCUCAAGUGGUAAAGGAAGUCAGUAGAUGUUUGGGAAUUAAAUGGGAAUUACAUACCCCAUGGAGACCCCAGUCUAGUGGCCAGGUGGAGAAAAUGAAUCAGACGUUAAAACGACAACUUAGCAAAAUUUGCCAGGAAGCAAAAAUUCAGUGGCCCCAGGCCUUACCAAUAGCGUUAUUGCGAAUUAGGAUUAAACCUAGGAGUGGAAUGUCCGUAAGCCCAUACGAAAUUCUGUAUGGCAGACCAUAUGAAGCACCUGAUCCGAAUCCAAGUGUACAUGUAAAAGGUAAUCAGGAUGUGUACAAUUAUGUGUUGUCUCUCGGCAGGACAUUGAAUCGACUCAGAUCUGUACUAGUGUGGAAUCGCCCACUAGCACUUGAGAAUCCGGUACAUGAUAUAGAACCUGGAGACACAGUGUAUAUAAAGACGUGGAGAGAAGAUCCUUUAAAAGAACGUUGGGACGGACCUUAUCAAGUACUUUUAACUACAUUUACCGCAAUCAAGGUUGCUGAAAUAGACUCCUGGAUACAUUACACCCGAGUGAAGAAAGUCCCAAAACUGUGGCAAUCACGAUUAGUGGGUCCAACCACACUUAAAAUCACAAAGCAGGAUGUCUAACUCUUGUUACCGUUUUGUUUUUGUAGUAGUUUAUGUACCCAGACUGUAUGCCACACUGAUUUGCAAAGUCACUGGAGAACAAUUAUGUAAAACACGAAGGGCUGUAGGAGAUAGUGACGAUACUCAAAUGCCACAAGUAGUACAGAGUGUACAGAAUCAGGCAGAGAAUCUGAUGAUAGGACUAAUUCGAGAUUUUGCACAAACCCAAAAUGUCAGUAGCAUCACUGCUUGUCUUCCCAUCCCGAAAUCAGCCGAAGACCCAGUACAGUGGGGAAUAAUAUCUACGACCUUACCAGAAGUAAAUAAGACUGGUAAGAUAGUGUGUGAGUCCCAUACUAAAAUAGAGCAAGUACCAAUCGAACAGCAGACAAAAGAGCUUGUUAAGAAUGCCAUGAUAAAGAGAGGUGACUGCUUGAAGUUGCCAGGAGCAACAUUUGUAAAGAUAGGACGAUUUCAUAAUAUUGGGUAUUGCACGUAUGAAAAGUGGACCACCAAAACAGUAUAUGAAAAGGUUGAGCGAGCCUAUUGGGAAUGUAAAGAUCAGGAUAAUCAGAACAUAACUGAAUCAUGGGACAACAUGUGGACGUUGAGUAUAGUACAGCAAUAUCAAUAUAGCGAAGCAUUUCCAUGGUGUAUACGAUGGACCAAUGUAACAAGAGGAGUAACAGUACCAUGGUGGAAUUGCUCUCAAGUAAUGACCUGCCAGACAGAUGUGAAAGAAAUACCUCUGUCCAUCAUUAAAGUUGCAGUAAUCGCAGGUUGCAUUUGCCAGAAACAAUUGGAUGCAAAGGAAGCAGUCAAAAUAGGCAUUGAAGGAGAUAAGAUAGAUUGUAGAGGAACUAUAGGUAGUGUGGGACAUUUGGUUUGGGCCUUAAGUGAUGGAACUUGGACAACACAUUUGCCGAUAGCAGGACCUGUAAGGGAGGCUACUUUGGGGUUACCAACCCUAUGUCCCAUUUGGAAGAGGUCACCCCUGAAGAACAGGCAGGAACUCCUAGAAGUUAGGCACAAGCGAGAGAUAGAUGAAGAUGAUGUGUGGCACGAGCCAUCAGGUAGUGUUAAAUUCGGCUGGGCAUUAGAAUCUUUCUUUGCACCAAUCGCAGCCUAUAGAAACAGAGAAAUGAUUGACAGAUUAAUUGGACAGAUGGAUCGAUUGGCAAGGGUAACCAAAAAGGGUUUUCGAGAAUUCAAUAUACAAUUGCAAGCUACGACCAAAAUGACUUUGCAGAACAGAAUGGCACUUGACAUAAUGUUGCUAAAAGAAAAUGGGGUUUGUGGAUAUUUAAAAGAUAGGGUUGAUCAUUGCUGCAUUCAUAUCCCAAACGUAACCUCUGAAGUGGAAAAAGAUAUUUCCCAAUUAACCCAAACAGAAAAAGAACUGCAAGCGGAAAAACAAGAUGUAGAGCAGAGCUGGGUUGGGGCCUUGCUAGGCAAAUUGAACCUGAACCUGGGAGGAUGGGUACAUUCGUUAUUGGAGAGUUUAUUUUUGCUUGCCAUUAUAGCUGCUCUUUUCUUUUUGCUCUAUGCUUGUAUUAAGCAUCAAAUAAGUCAAUCAAAGGCAAGGAACGACCGCAUCUUUACUGUCCUUAGCAGAUCUACUUUUGACAACCCUCCAGCUUAUAAGGAAAAUAUAAUGUAGUGAAAAUGCAUUGUCUAGGAAUAGAAAAGCAUUUUCAAAGGGGGGAAAUGUUAUAGUUGAAUUGAAUUUUGUGGGCUGUGUUUUGAUUCUGUAGACCGUAUCCAAGAUUCUUAGCUUUGAUACUGUAUCCAGGUUCAGAAUGUGCAUUCAAGCAUGAUUUUAUAUAAUUAUACCCUAUUCUUGAAAUUGACAUAGAUUUAUGACAUAUUCUUUAGAACAGGUAACUUAAACCAUACCCUAUUCUUAAGAUUGAUAUAGAUUUAUGAUAUAUUCUUUAAAACAGGUAAAAACAGGUAACUUAGAAAUAACUGAUAAACAUGCGAAUGUUACUUAGCAUUGCUUAGAUAGACAAUUUGUGUUAGAAUAGGUGUGGGAUAUGCUAAUGGUUGUCAGGAAUUGUAAUGCAUAUGUAUGUGAUCAAAUUGUAUAAAUAUGGUGUAGUCUGAAUCAGAAGCUGAAGCCAGCUUUGGGUGCGAACCCCUGGUUUCCCAGCGCUGAAAUAAAGCACCGCAUAUAACUGCA